AUGGAUAAAAGAAAUCAAGGUUUAAUUUUAGCAAAAGCAAGAUUAAAAGAUCUUUGCAACGAAGAUAAAGAAAAAUUAGGGCAACUAAUGAGCAAAUUAGCAGAAGAAAAGCAAGGAAAAAUGAAACUUGAACAGAGAGUUGGAGACUUGAAAAGAGAGCUAAAAAAUUUGAGACUUGAAAGAGAUGAAAUGAAAGAAGAAAAUGAAAAACUCAAAGAUAAGUUAGAAGACUGCUUAAAAAUAAUGGAAAAAAUAGCGAAAGUGCAAAAAACAGAAAUUUCCGAGAAAUCCACACAAACAAUUAUAGAGGAAUGCGAAAAUUUGAGUGAUGAAAAUAAAAAGAGAAUUAAAGAAAUGUUUGACAGCCCUUUGCAAAUUAGGAAAGAAAAUAAAUUAAAGAAAUAUAUCAAGCGUUCAAAUUCUAGCACAGGGAAAAUUGAUAGAAAUGAUUCUAAAUGAGAAUUGAAAAAUCGACAAGAUUUCCGAAAAUUAAAAAAGGAAAUGAUCGAUAACCAGGAAGAAAAAUUUUUCAAUGAAAAUCUUAUUGAUAUGAUUGAGGUGAUGGAAAACGAAGAAAAAGAAGAAAGCUAUUUUGAUGAUCCUAUGCUAAUCCAAAUGAUAGAUGAGUUUGAAUCUUUGUAA